AUGAAGUUCUUUAAUUGGAUGCAUAACAAGCUCAAUGGGGGACAAGGAAGUAGGAGGUCUAAUGCUAUUCCAAUUACUACAAAUCAUAUAAAUGAAGAGUUCAAAGAUUGGCCAGAUUCCUUGUUAGCAAUUGGAACUUUUGGCAAUAGAAGCAGUGAUCUCAAAGAACAGAGCAAAUUACACGUAAAAAAUGAUAUCGAAGACGAUGAACAAACUUCUUCUUCUCCAGAUUUAGCAGAAUUCACAUCUGAAGAAGUCGAGAAAUUACAAAAAGAGUUAACAAAAUUACUAUCACGAAAACCAUCACCAACUACUAGUAAGUCUGAGUUUGUCGAGAUCAAGAACAAUGCUGUCAAUGAUGAUGAUAUUCUUCCAUUGGACAGAUUUCUUAAUUGUCCAUCGAGUUUGGAAGUUGAUCGUAGGAUUAAUUCCAGUAGAUUUAGCAGUGCUAAUUGCUCGGAUGAUUAUGAUGAGGAAGAAAUCGACAGAACAAUAAGAGUAAUCAUAGGUAGAUGCAAGGAUGUUUGUAGUAAACAGAGCAAAAAAAAAUCAAUUGGGAAGAAAUCAAUUUCUUUUCUUCUCAAGAAAAUGUUGGUUUGUACAAAUGGUGGUUUUGCUCCUGCUCCUAGUUUACGUGACACAUUUCCCGAAUCAAGAAUGGAGAAGCUUUUGAGGACAAUGCUUUCCAAGAAAAUACAUCCCCAAAAUGCCCCUAGAACAUCAACAAAGAGAUAUUUAGAGGAAAAACAUCCACAAAGAGAAGAGAAAGAAGAGAAAAAAAGAGAGGAAACUUGUAAUGAUGGAUCAAAAUGGGUGAAGACUGAUUCUGAUUUUAUCGUCUUGGAAAUAUAGAUAUCGCCUCUCUGCUAGUUGUUCCAUU